AUGAGCUCUGAGUUCUUCAUAGCCCAGCUUUGAGCCCGAAUCUCUGAGGACACCACAUACCCCAUCUCCUACUAUGAGCCCGAAUACUACACAGCUAAGGAUGGGGGCACUGCCCUCCUGUCUGUGGUCUCGGAGGGUGGCAGUGCUGUGUCUGCCACUAGCACCAUCAACCUCUACUUUGGCUCCAAGGUCAUUUCCCAAGUCAGCAGCAUCCUGUUCAACAAUGAGAUGAAAGCCUUCACCUCUCCCAAUUUCAUCAACCAGUUCGGGGUGUCCCCUUCACUGGCCGGUUUCUUCGAGCCAGGGAAGCAGCCACUCUCAUCCCUGUAUUCAUUGAUCAUUGUGGGCAAGGAUGGCAAGGUCCAGAUGGUGGUGGGAGCCUCUGGAGGCACACAGAUCACCACAGCUGCUGCACUGACCAUCAUCCCUAAUCUCUGGUUUGGCUAUGAGAUGAAGCAAGCAGUAGAGGAACCCCGGCUGCACAACCAGCUUCUGCCUAAUAUCACAAUACUGGAGAAAGACAUUGAUGAGGCAGUGGCUACAGGCUUGAAGACCCGGCACCACCAAACCAAGGUCAACACCUUCAUCACUGUUGCCCAAUCCAUCGUUCCAACAGCCAGUGGCUGAGCAGCUGCCUCGGACUCCAGGAAAGGCAGGGAGGCAGCCGGCUCCUUAGUGCUCACUUGGGAUAGCCAAGAUUGGCCAGCAACCCAGGGGCAAGAUACCAAGCCCAAGAGUGGGGCUUUGGGGAAUGUGCCUCUCUCAAUGAGUGACACAGCAGCAUAA